AUGUUCAUGGUGCUGUCGUUUUCGCGCAAGGUAUUGGGCCAGACUGGCGAUGGUCACUUUUCACCCAUCGGUGCCUACCAUCCGGAAACCAACCAGGCGCUUGUGCUUGAUAGCGCCCGCUACAAAUAUCCGUGCUGGUUUGCUGAUGUUGAUAAGCUGUAUGACUCGCUGCAGCCCGCUGACAUUGAGACUGGGCGCCCACGCGGGUAUUUCCUGAUUUCGCGCAUCGGCCACGCGGAUAUGCUGGCAGACCAGGCACAGCUCGCUCCACAGUCGGCCAAGAUCCAGUCGGACGUCGUUGACCUCCCUGAGCGGCCACUCGACGUGUUCCCGACCAAGCUGUCGUGCGGAAAGGGCUCGAGCUGCUGCUCAACUGGCGCCAAAUAG